AUGUGCCCGAAUAUUUUGGAUCGUUCAGGGCGUGCACCGAUUCAUUAUGCAGUUGCGAACAAUAACGUGCAUUUGGUGAAAAUGUUGCUGUGGUAUGGUGCAGAUUUGUCGUUGAUGGAACGGCAGUGCACUCCAUUACAACUGGCAUCACUUAAUCCGUGUACAUUAGAGGUAUGUUUUAGUAUCUCUGCGUUAGACAAGUAA